CUCAAUUCAGCCCCUAUAAUAAAAUUCAUCCUCUUUAUAGCGACUACUACUAUAGCACGGUGCGCUAUAACGCUUCUGGUUUUCAGAAAUCCACCCAAAUCCACUCACAGCUUUUUCUACCUGAACUCAACCCAAAGAGAUGCUCCAAGAAAAGGCCUCAGCUGUGGCUGAUGAAGGUGUGACUGUGGCACAGUCUGGAGAGCUUGCUGAGCUUGCUACCGACUCCUCACAUCCGGGAUUGAAUGUGGCCCCGACCAUUCACCACAACAAUGAUGUAGACCAGAACAUCGAGAACAUCAAAGUAGUCCUUCAUGAGAGGGAACUUUGGAAAAGGUUUCAUGAGGCAGGAACAGAGAUGAUUAUCACUAAAGCGGGCAGGCGGAUGUUCCCCAGCUACAAAGUAAAAGUAACAGGGAUGAAUCCAAAAACUAAGUACAUUCUUCUAAUCGACAUUGUUCCAGCUGAUGAUCAUCGUUACAAGUUCUGUGAUAACAAGUGGAUGGUGGCUGGAAAAGCAGAGCCAGCCAUGCCUGGGCGGCUCUAUGUCCACCCUGACUCUCCUGCAACAGGAGCUCACUGGAUGAGGCAGCUGGUCUCGUUUCAGAAGCUAAAAUUAACAAAUAACCACCUGGACCCUUUUGGACAUAUCAUCCUGAACUCCAUGCACAAAUACCAGCCCAGGUUGCAUAUCGUCAAAGCGGAUGAGAAUAAUGCCUUUGGUUCUAAGAACACAGCCUACUGCACCCAUGUGUUUCAUGAAACCUCAUUUAUCUCUGUGACAUCCUAUCAAAACCAUAAGAUUACCCAGUUAAAAAUUGAGAACAAUCCAUUUGCCAAAGGUUUUCGUGGUAAUGAUGAAGGAGAUCUCCGAGUGUCCAGACUCCAAGGGAAAGACUACCCAGUGAUUUCCAAAAACAUGGCAAGGCAACGGCUCAUCACAUCACACACCCAUCUGACUGGAAAGUUAAGUGCAGGGGUAUUGAGUGGUCACCCACAGGUCCACUCUCAUUAUCAGUUUGACGGUGGGGUCGCUCUGUCCAGUUCUGACCCACAGGAGCCUCUGUCUAACCCAUCUUCUGGCAGAGAGUCCAGUCUGCUUUACCAUUGCUUCAAGCAUAGAGAUAACAACAGACAUUUGGAGCUGGGCUGCAAGCGGCCCUACCUUGAUGCCGCACCUUCGGCUGUUUCAGAUGAGCACUACUUCCGCUCCCCUUCCUCCUACGAGCCCACUUUACUGUCUCACCCUUACUGUGGUGAAGCGUUUGGCUCUAGAGAGGCUUGCAUGUAUGGAGGUAUAGAUGGUGAGGCAGGAGCUGAAGGUGUGGCUAGCACUGAGGAUAUGCCUCCACCUUCCCUAAACUGCAACAUGUGGGCUUCAGUGCAGCCCUAUCCUCGCUAUGGUAUGCAGACUGUUGAGGCUGUGCCCUACCAGCCCUUUAGUGCCCACCUAACAACCACUGCCACCACAGCAUCCAUCGUCUCGCAUCACUCCGCACCUAUGCAACGGCCACAGCCUGCACCUCAGGUUCCAGAUCUGGUGUCUUUUGGUGCACAGCGGGCUUUGCCACCAAUACAGUCUUCCUCAUCCUCAUCUUCCUCAUCUCCUUCUGGUGCUUCUUCAUGUGACAAAUCAGCACAUCUGCUGCUAUACCACAGGAAGCCUGGUUCACCUUUAAGAGUCCACAGGGAUUUUUCAGCCUACCCGACCCAAAGCCCUACAUCAUCAAGAGAGUCGGUGUGCCAGUAUCAGAUGGGCCUCAGCAGCAUAGGGUCCCACUGGACUGACAGCUAAGACAAGAUGCAGAACAUCACUAAUUGGAGAUCUAACAAUGUGUGCUGAACACGCCAAAAUAUAGUUCUGAUUGUGGCAUUAAUCUCAAUCCAACAUGGUACACUUAAAGUCAAUGGACAUCAGAGAGGACCUGCACAACCAGAUGGAGGCUUUAAGAGCGAUCCUGAUGCCAAGAGGAGAGGAGAACAGAGAGCUGUUAAGGUGUCCAAGACCAAAGACCCAAAGGACUGAGCUCGUACAAGGCUGAAAAUGUAAAACAGCAGGCAAAUGGCCAUAACGCAAACUCAAAAAGGAUGAACCAGACCUUGGUAAGCCUGCUCACUGCUCAUUAAGGGAAAAAAUUGAUGUAUUUGAAAACCAUAUGUUGGUCUGGUGAUCCACAUGAUCCAAUUUGCUUUGGAUUCAACAUGUAACAAAAUCCAUAAUGUUUUUUUUUUUUCUUGCACACCCGUUGAAUAAAUGCUACUUUUAUCUCCUA